UUACAUAUGUGGCUGCUGUAAACAGCAGCUUCAGAAUCUCAGUGUACUGGAUGGAGGCACAAGGAGGAGCAGGUAGCCCAGAUGAGACUAAAAAAAGCCAAACCCUGCUGAAGCCCUUGACGUCAGGAGAACUGGUGAAGGAGCCUUCCCAUCAUUCCCGGGGUGAGGAGGACCGAGGCGUUCCUGGACACACCCCAAGCCUGCUGCAUGUCAUUGACAGACGGCGUGAGUUCCGGGAACCUCUGAGCAGCGUUUCAUCUCUCGAGGUUCACUUUGACUUGCUUGACCUGACAGAACUCACGGACAUGUCCGACCAGGAGCUGGCGGAGGUCUUCGUCGAUUCUGAUGAAGAAAACCCCGAGUCACCUGCAAGUUAUCACCAGCACCCAGGCAGAGGAAGCUACCUGCGCUCUCCUUCUUGGACACGCUGCAGUAAGCCGGAGCAGUCCCACGAAAGGAAGCACCACAGCGAUUCAGACAGCACAGAGUCCCAUCGCAAACUGGAACGGCCCUAAAAACCUUGAGAGAAACACAGCUGGGAUACACACAGCUGGGAAGUACAGCAGCAAUACAGAGCAACCCAAACAUCUCUGGCUGUGUCUCCAUCAGACUCUCCUCAAGGGCUUUCAUUUAUCUGGACUCCGUGAAAAAGUUUAUUCCAGAGCGAAGCUUUGAGUAAAACAGCGAGAACCAGGGCAGGAGUUAGCGAGACGUCAUCACAGCUUGUGUUUGGGUGAUUGUAUAAAUUUGUU